CACUCCCCACUUUUACAUCUCAUAAACCUAGCCGUUACUUCUUCUCUUUCUCUCUGUUCUUCACUUUCUCACAACAAAAGCUUCAACUCAAUGGCAGCUGCGUCAAUGGAAUCCCCAUCUCCAGAUCCCCUCUUUAAGGGAUCAACUAACAUCACGGGUUCAUCCCCGAUCAUCAGUCCGAUCUCUGAUAAGCAUUUCUGGAGCAUUCUUCGAAAUCGGAUCGAUACGCUUCUUGAGAACCAGAAAGGUCCAUCUUUGAAUUACGAAGGGAAGAAUCGUGCGAAAAGAUUAAAGGAAGACUCGUUGCUUUUAUUAAGGGGAUUUGAUUCUGUUGCUAGUUCCCUUUCUCAGCUUUCUAACAAUCUUGACAGUGCACUUCAGGGAGCAAAAGAUCUUGCCAGACCACCAACACUGUCUGAUGUUCUUCAUAGUUCUUUAGAACAAGCAAAAAGAGCUCAAAGUUCAUCAAAGGAUGAGGAGGAAGAAGAUGAUAAUGAGAGUUUAGAUCCCAACAGAAGAGGGAUGAAAAGGAAGUUGGAUUCCGAGGAAGUUUCUGAUGAAAACCACGAUGACACUAAAGAAUUUGGGAAACUCAACCGAGCCAAAAAUAUUGCAAUUUCGAUGGCAAAAAGAGCAGGAUUCUUGGCUAGAGAAAUGAAAUCAAUGAAAUCGGAUCUUUGUUUUAUGCAAGAACGAUGCAGCAUUCUUGAAGAAGAAAACCGGCGGCUUCGUGACGGAUUUGUGAAGGGAGUUCCACCGGAGGAAGAUGAUUUGGUGAGGCUUCAGUUAGAGGCAUUGUUGGGUGAAAAAUCGAGAUUGGCUAAUGAUAACGCAAACCUAACGAGAGAAAACCAAUGUCUCCGACAGCUUGUGGAGUAUCAUCAACUUACUUCGCGACAGGAUGAAGAGGAGGUGGAGGAGGAGGAGGACUACGAAAAGGUGAUUAAGGGUGUGUGUUUGGACUUCUCAGAGCUUGAGGAGGAUCUCGCCGGAGAUGAUGCCUCAGAAUUACCGGAAACAGGGAGAUAUGGGAUCUCCGACCAUUAUGACGAGGACGAAAGAUAGAAUGGGAUUGUUGACCAAAAAUGGUUUUCUUGUUAUAAACGAAAAAAGUGCUUUUGCUCAAAAUGAUCAAUGAAUGAAUCAUUCAUAUGUUAUUUUAACCAGCUGGUG